AAAACCACAUUUUGAAGCAAAGAAGAAGAACGGUUUGUUGUGUAUUUCCGGUAAGCAAAAAUGGCCCAAGGUUCGCAGAAGUUUAAAGCCCAGCGGCCAGGAGCAGCGAAAAAACACCAACAGAACAAACAAAAAGGGCCGAAGAAAGGAGGGAGGAUCAUUGCGCCUAAGAAGGCUCAAGUGGUUCAGCAACAGAAGUUGAAGAAGGGUCUAGAGGUUGCAAUCAGGAACAAGAUUGAACAGGAGGUUACCCAGAAGGCAAGUUCCUCCCUUCACAAGCCACUGAGUGUGCUUAAAGGGCCUGAAGGUAAAGGGAACCCAGGAGCAGCCCGUCCAGGAACCAGCUCCAAAUAGGACCUGAUAAACAAUUUCAGACCACAGACCUGAGGCUGAUUAACCUUUAGGACUUCAGUGAGCUACAUUGACCCCACAACUCAGAUUUAAAAUGUCCAGUAGUCCUGCUGUUUUUGAUUCCCAAAUGUGUCUGCUGACUUAAGGCUCAUUGAAAUAGCCAUAUAGUUUGUUUUGUACAGGCAGAUGCAAAUUCUUAGUUCUUCAGUUUACAAAGAAAUGUAUAACAGAAGAGUACAGGCGUUCUGGAUAAACGCCCAUCUCACUGGACCAUGUAAGUUUCAUAAACCUCCACCAGGAGACACCACAGGACUUUAUUGACUCUCAUGGUGUCUCACAGAGAAUAUGUUUGCUUCUUUUUGAUGUAAAAAGCCUGAUCAAGUGAAGGGUAAUAAUGUUUGAUAAUGUCUGAUAUUUUAAAUAAAAAAUGCUUGUAGAGCAAAUUUAAGAAACAGUAA